AUGUCGACCUUAUCAUCGUCAUCACCGUACCAUCUACUCGGAUGGAUAGAUCUAUUCACCCAUCUAGAUGUGUACUAUACCGGGCUGAGGCAUCUUACGGACGGCCCAGCCCUUUUCAAACGUCACCCGUCGGUCCAUCGAUUGCAGGGUGGCUUGUACUGUGAUCUAGAGUGGAACGGCACACAGAAAGGAGAGUGGAAAAAAAUCUGUAGGUUUCAUUAUCGUUGCACGUACAACGUCGGGCACUAUGCCGUGGAGCGAUACAAUAAUCAAGAUAGCCCCCGGGUAUCUAUCAAUAACGCUGAAAUUGCAAUGGGUGCCGUGUGCCCUAUAGAAGGCGGACAGAAGAUCUCAGUCCGAUGGGGAGAUAGACCCAAUGAAAUCGAAUAUCAUUUCGAGUUCCAACGAUGGGAGUUGUCGUCAAUCUGA